GGCUGGUGGGCGGGGGCCCGGCGGGUGCUCGGCAGCUGUCAGAGACUCCACGAGCUCGCGGGCCCCCGUUGGCCCUGAGACCCCCGGCAUGGUGCGCGCGGGCGCCGUGGGGACGCCUCUCCCCACGUCCGGCUUGGACAUCUUCGGUGACUUGAGAAAGAUGAACAAGCGCCAGCUCUAUUACCAGGUUUUAAACUUCGCCAUGAUCGUGUCUUCUGCGCUCAUGAUCUGGAAGGGCUUGAUCGUCCUCACGGGAAGCGAGAGCCCCAUCGUGGUGGUGCUGAGUGGCAGCAUGGAGCCAGCCUUUCACAGGGGCGACCUUCUGUUCCUGACAAAUUUCCGGGAAGACCCUAUUAGAGCUGGUGAAAUCGUUGUCUUUAAGGUCGAAGGACGAGACAUUCCAAUAGUUCACAGAGUAAUCAAAGUUCAUGAAAAAGAUAAUGGAGACAUCAAAUUUCUGACUAAAGGAGAUAAUAAUGAAGUUGACGACAGAGGCUUGUACAAAGAAGGCCAGAACUGGCUGGAAAAGAAGGACGUGGUGGGAAGAGCCCGAGGGUUUUUACCAUAUGUUGGUAUGGUCACGAUAAUAAUGAAUGACUACCCAAAAUUCAAGGUAGGAAUUUAUAUGUGUGUCUGUAUUUUAAAAAUAUAUUGGAGCUUUUUACUUGUGCAGCUAUAAAAACGCAGUUUGUUUAAAAUGUGUUACUAGUUCUUUGUUCUGCAGAGUAUUUGUUGUUAACCACAAAUUAACACAAUCAUUUCAAUUAUAUAUUUAAAAUAGCUACUUUCAUCUUUUAUGUUCACAGUGUGUUCAAAAA